CAGAGGGAUGAGGAGAUGGCAUAGCAGUGCAGCGAAGAGAGAGGGAGGAGGAAGACAGAGCAGUGAAGAUGAGCCACACAUGUCACUGGGCUGCUGCUGGUUCCCAUAAUGGUGGAGGAUUGGUUAAAGCAGGCAAGAAGGGCACGAUUCACGUCUCAGCAAAAGCCAUGAACAUAACUUGGGCCAACGAUGCGAGAUUCUGGAAGUGGAUUCCGCUUUCCAAGAAUGAGCUACCCAAAGCCUUCUCCAAAGAUGACAUGAGCUUUGACGCUGCUGCAGAGCUGAUUCAGGUGAAUUGGCUCGAAGCAAGAGGGAGUCUGGACUCGGCAGUGCACAAGCAGCCUCGACUCAGUGGGUCCGGACGCUAUGAGAUCAUCUACCACCUCAGGUUUAAGGUCGAUGCCUUUGGGUGGAGCAAUGCCCCCGUCAUCUUUGAACUCAUCACCCCAGACGGGCACAGGCAGCAGAAAAGUGUGAUGUUGGAGCCAUACAGGAGGAGAAGCAACGAGUGGCAAGAGAUCCAUGGUGGAGAACUCAAAAUGACGGGAAAGGUUGAGUUCGCCAUGUUUCAAGUCGAGAGCCAUGGCUGGAAGGGUGGCAUCAUCUUUGGAGGUGUCUCUUUAAGGCCUAGAUAAGGAAGACCAGUUCUGGUUAGAAGAGAUCUGGAAAGUAUCCAUCUGCUACCAACUAACGUAUUAUUGUGUUUGUUUGUCACUCUUCUUGCUGUGUGCUCCGCUCCGCUCCUUUAUGCAGUCAUCCAUCAUUCAUAGUUUGCUUCAUACUAAGUUACAUUUGGUUGGUGCUGUUGA